AUGGCCGUCCUGCUGGGUUCAUCCUGGUGUGACACGCAGCCGUCAAGCAAUGGCAGUCGCAAAAUGCACUGCUGCUUGCCGUUGCGGCCGUGCUUGGAAACCAACCUAGAGAGUGGGUGUAGUGUUGGAAGUCUGUGGAAAAGAAUGGGUUAUGAUAUUGAGCGUUUUGUUGGCUAUGUUAAUGAAGGACUUUUAUGCUGUAUAUGCCGAGAUGUAUUAGAAGAUCCCUUACAGGCUCCUUGUGAACAUGCUUUCUGUACUGCCUGUAUACAUGGAUGGCUUGUUCAUCACAAUAAUUGCCCUGAAGACAGACAAGCACUUGAUAUGUCUGUACUACGACCUCUCUACAGAUACAUGAAAAAUGAUCUAAAUCGACUUCAGCUUCAUUGCAAAAACGGAGAGCAUGGUUGUGAAAUGGUUUGUUCUCUAGAAUCUAUAGACAGACAUGAGAGAGAAUGUGAAUACAGCCAGAUACCCUGCUCAAAUGCUGGUUGUCCAGUUCAGAUUGAACGACGUAACUUAGAUGGCCAUUUGGCAGUGUGUGAAUACCGGAGCCGUGAAUGCCCUAAUGGUUGUGGUUAUACCAUUCUCAGGGCAGAAGACACGCAGCAUAAUUGUGUAGCAGAGCUAAGAACAGAACUAGAACUGCUCCGGUCAGAAAUGAUCUGCAGAGUGGAGGAGGCAAAGCAUGAAAUGGAGUCCAGAUUAGAUUCACAGAGAAGGCAUAUGGUGCAGAAAGAGAGUCUUCUGCAAAAUGAAAUUGAAGAACUAAAGAGUCAGAUGUCACGAAUGAUGUCUGAAGUGCGCUCCCUUAUGGCUGCAGAGAGACAGCAUCGUCAAGAGCUGGAGCAAGCAGAGCUCGAAAAGCGUGAAUUAAUGGAGCUGCUGAAAGGCCUACAGAAAGACUGCCGAUUAAAUAAUACAGAAGGAAACAAGAAAUCAACAAACUUUCGCCCUCUAACACGACUGGAGAGUGUGAAACGAAAACCCAGGGAAGUUACAGUCAUCUAAACAGAAGUAUGAUAAAAGCUACUUGAACGUUGUUUUACCCACAACAGACCUC